AUGAGCGUGAUUCCUUUAUCAAAAUGUGCCAAAGUAACUGCUUCUAAUUACACCACGGCAGGUUAUGGCUCGCCUAUGUAUCAAGGAAAUUAUCUUGUCGAUCGACAAUCAACUGGUCUCGGAUUUAACUCUGGUGGUUUUGCUCCUCAAUAUAUUCAGUUAGAGCUUCCUCAAGAUAGUCGUGUUCGUGAUAUAUGUCUACAAGUUAAUCAAUACCCCAGUGGUACGACAAAUCAUCAACUGUUCGUUGGUUCUGACUUGAAUUCCAUGCAAUUAAUCAGAAACUUAGUCGGUACAACACAAGCCGGACAAUGGAUCAACAUAACAUUCAAUCCACCAUUGAACAAAAUACGUUUUCUUCGUGUCAACACUACAUCUAGUCCAGCAUUGACUGAUAUGGAUUGGCCAUAUAAUUUACCAUUAUAA